CGCGAAAAGCUGCAAAUUUUGGCGCUGGGUUUUCCUUGCAUUUUGCAACACUCUUAACUGUGGCUACUAGCGUGAGUAAGCGUUUGGAGUGCGUACGGCAAGCAGCAAAAGCAACGCGUGUAAAGAAUUGAAUUGAUGUAGAAUGAAAAAACUCAGAUAAAGCUCUGUAAAGAUAGAGUUCAUUAUCAACAGUGACUAAAAAAAGUGCAUAACAAGUGCAAGUGCAGUGAACCAAUCCCAGCGGACGGCGCCCUUGAAUGCGUGCAGGAAUUUGCAUACGCAUAAAGCGCAGCAACGCCAGCAAUAGCAGCAGCAAUCGCAGGAAAUAGUAGUAGAAAGUGUAGUAAACAUGGCGCGCUCGUUAAUUAACUAAUUAAAAUAAAGUGAGGGAACGGGAAUAAAUAGGUGUAGCCUUAGUCGACACCAAACAAGUAGAAGACCCGAAUAUCGUAGUCAGCAUAUAGCCAAGUUUAAUAUGACAUCAUACGCAAAUGACACAACGACUACGGCAGCAGCCCCAGCAACAACAACAACGGCAAACGCAGGAGCUGCAGCGACAGCAGCAUCAGUAGGAACAACAACAUCAGCGUCUGCAGUCGACGCAACUGCUGCGCAGCUCAACAAGCAAAUGUCGAGCAACAACAACAACAACAGUCGUUACGACGAGGACGACAACAACAGCUUGGAUGGGCGAGAGAAAGCCGACACGACACCCGAGAACAUCAAGAAGAUUGCCGAGAUCAUAAGUGACAAGGAAGCAGCGGCCGCAGCAGCAGCAGCAGCAGCGACGCCUACUUCACCUACGCAACGACUGCAGCAGCAGCAGAAGCAACUGCAUGCGUCGGGCUUUGUAGGACUCGGCGCAGCCAUAGAUGAGUCAAACAUUAAAUUCUGCCUUGGCAAACCGCCGCCGUCACCGGCUGAAAAAGCGACUGUGCUGAGCCGAACGAAUCAUCAUCAUCAAAGCAACAGCAGCAGUGGCAACAGCAACAGCAACAACAACAAAGAUAUCUCCACGGCGGAUGAAGACGAAUCGACGGCAUCGAAUUCAACAACAACAACCACAACGAAGCAAUCGCUGGCCUUCACCAUUGAUCACUUUGACGCCACGGAGAACGAGGCAGCGGCGCAGGCAGCGCGUUAUAAGAACAUGAUGGAGCGCUUUCAGAGUCGCCACAAACGUGGCGCCUCGCUUUCCAAGCUGGAGACGGAGGGCAACAGCAGCAAACCCAUAACAGAAGCUGCCUCAGCGGCUGCCACGCCCACAAAUGAAACGUCUGCAACGCCAGCGGUGAAGUUGCGAGUACGCGAACGCAGCGCGUCGCGGGUUCGAGACGCCUCCAAGCGGCACAGCUGGUCGCCACGCAGCUCUGGCAGCACAGCAGCGACGCCGGCAGAGGCAGCGCCUCGGGUGCCCAGCAGGACGAAGCAGUUGCCGAUGCAGACACAGCCUGCACCGCCAAAGGGAACCGCCAAUCAGUUGGCCAAUCGCACCACUCAGUUUAUGCCACGUUCGACGGCCAUGCAAAUGGCGCUGCAGCAGGUGGAGCUGCUGUGUCCACAUCCGCCGCUGGACGAUGUGAAGCAGCGGCUGCAGGAGGAGGAGGAUGCUGUCAGCGAGGCGGGCACCUAUACCCUGGAUGGGGACAACUAUACGGAGGAGCAAAAGGAUCUCAUGAACAUCGAUAGGAAUGCAGCUGCUGCGGCCAAGUUGCGACCCAAACAGCUGUCGGUGAAGCCAAGCCGGGCCAGCAAUGUGCUGGAGGUCAACUAUUACCACGAGACGCCGCAGCAGGAGCACAAGGGCAGCAGCAGCAGUGCGACGGGUGCAUAUCUGGAGCAGCUCAAGUCGCGUGUGCAGCGACAGCAGCAACCACUGCAUCCUCAGCAUCCACAGCAACCACAGGCACCUCCAACACCACCAUCGCCACGUACACCAGCCGCUGAUGUGGGCUGCUUCACCAGCGUCACCACGAGCGGUGUGUUGGCCAAACAGCGUGCCUUGGACACGCAUCCCAAGCUGACGCGGCACACGCACAGCUUGUCCACCUCACAGAUCGACAGUUCCGAGUACGUGAGCAACGAGGCGAAGUUGAGGCAUGCCCAGGCAAUGGCUGCCAGUGCCACGGAUCGACAGAAGGCCGAGUAUCGACUGAAUGUGUUCACCACCAGUACCACUCAACAAAAUCAUCAGCAUCAUCAGUUGCCCGAGACGCCGACAACGCCGACAAUGACGGAGGCAGCGCUGCUGCAGUCGGCGCCAACGAAACAGGACUGGAUCCAGGAAUGGGCACGCAAUGCACGUGCUCGCAGUCUGGCCCAGGAUGUGAGCAGCAGCUCCGCCAGUCGACGCAAGCAACAGGCGCAAGCUCAGGCACAGUUGAUGACACGCAGCUACAACUGCUCGGACACGGGUGCUGGAGCGGAUUCGCUGACCGAUGAUAGCCUCAGUCUAUACAGUCAACAGCAGCGACAGUUUGCGGCUGCAACAAAGCUCAAUCGCAGCCUGGCAGAGCGCUAUCGUCUGCUGGGCGACUGUGACUACGCGAGCGAUCCGGCGCUGUGCAGCCAUGGCGGACAGGGACAGGUGCCCGGUGGUGAGCCGUAUAAGCCACCGAAGAGUCCCAGCAAGAUACCCUCGCCGCUGCACACGCUGGGACGUGCGCGCAGUGCCAGUCGCUCAUCCAGGCCAGCAGCCAACCAGGAGCAGCAUCAGCAGCAGCAACAGCAGACGCCAUCGUCGCGUCGCAGCUCGGUUAAAUCGCCGGCAGCCCAGUGCAGUCCACAGCAUAGUCUGGAGACGGGCUAUCGUCGAUCGCCGCUGCAUCGGGCGCUCAUGACCAGCAGCAUCAAUGAGGCGCAGCUGCAGCUUCUCACGAGCGGAGAGUAUCUGCUGAAGCAGCUGCAUCGUCGCAAGAACUCACUCGAUGAUGUGGAUGAUGAGUUGCCGGCUACCGUGUCGCCGCUGCGACGUUCCAGCUCCUUCCAGCAGCAGCAGCGUCCGCUGCAGAGCGUGCGACAGGCGCGUCCCAAUUUCCAGAAUCUAUACACGCCGCCAGCAGCGCGUCACGUGCAACAGCAACAACAGUUGCUACAACUGCAACAGUUGCAGCUGAAGAAGUCGGCGAGCAGCAACAACUUUGAGCAAUCGUACAGCGAUUACGACAACGAGCUGCAAUAUUAUAUCAACGAUGAGGACGAACUGGGCACCACGGGUCCCUACUACUCCAGCGGCGAGGAAGAGCUGGCGGAGGAGGAGGAGCAGCGGCAGCAGCCACAUGUUGCUGUUGACACCACAGUGCCGCUGAGCAACACGCGACUCAACAAGGCGCUGCUCAUGCGCAUCGAGCGCAGCAAGCAGCGUGUGGCAGGCAGUGCAAGUGGAGGCAGUGGCAGUGGCAAUGGACACACGCCAGCCAAGCCCAGCUCAGCGCCAGCGGGCAAACUGAGUGUAGGACUCGUAGCCUGUCCCAAUACGCCGGAGUUGCCGCGUCGUGGCAUCAAGAGUGCGCCACGUGCUGCCUCCGGCUGUGGCCCCAAGCUGCGGCAGUCGAUGCCGCGCGAGACGAGCCUUAGUCGACUGGCCCAACAGGUGCCCAGCAGUCUGGCCAAUGCCAAGAAGCAGCUGCUGCAGACGGCCAAUGCAACGGCGAGGGAGCAGCAGCGUGUGCAGCCCAAGUAUCUGGACAUAUCCAAGUACAAGUCGGCGCAGUCCAAUAAUUUUCUGCGCAAAAACGAUGCCAAGAGCACGUUGAAGCCGGCGGAGCAAAUGAAGCGCAGUCCCAGCGCCUCCUCGAUGGGUCUCAGUCGUGGUGAAUCGAAUCGUGCCAGCAAUCGCAGUGUACGCUCCACUGUCUCCGCGAUGAACAGCAGCACCACAUCCCUUGGCGGUGGCGGUACACGUGCCACAUCCGCCGUGCGACGCGAUGCCUCCAUGAAUAAACAAAAGGAGGCCGAGAUGGUCAUGUGGAAGCGACGUUCCACCUACGAUCCCAUGAAGGCGGCUGCCGAGGAUCGACGUCGCAAGGAGGAGGCGCGUCGUGUCCAGACUCAAACUCAGACUCAGAAUCAGAUUGAGGAACAGCGUCUGCUCAACGAUGAGGCCAACGAUGUGCCCUUCGAAAGUGUCCUCAGACCGGCAAACAAUUUGACAAUUACGGGCAGCAUAAACUACAGUCCAAGAAACUCAAUGGAAAACGACGCCUGGAUGCUUGGUGAAUCAUCGGAGUUUGGUGAAUAUCCUGAGGAUUACGACGAGGAUGUUGAAGAGGACGAUGAAUAUGUGGCCGGCCAAGAGUCUGACGAUGUAUUUGAGGUCGAAACAGCGGAUGCAACAAGUUAAUACCAGCAACAGUGAUAUCUUUAAACGAUCUAAUGAUCAUUAUGAAUAACAAUACGAGUAUAUAUUGUAUUUGAUAGCAAGCGCAAUGCGAUUUAGUUGUAAUCUGAUCAGUCCUGAUAUCAUAUGAUAUGAUUUUGAAUCUGCUUAACUGAAUUAUUUAUAUGAAAUGAAGUAUAUACACUAUGUAUAUAUAUAUAUAUAUAGAAAAACAAAAGAAAGUUCGAAAUAAAAUGAGUAAAUGCUUUCUGAAAUAUCAACAAAUAUUAUUUACGAUGCUGUCCAAAACGCCAUAAAAGAAUACUACUUAUAUACAUUUUAUGAUUAUCGACUAACGAUUUUAAACGAAAUUUAUCAAAAUAACUGAUCUACCUAAGUUACGAUCAUACUUUCAGAUAUGUAGAACAACCAAUACUCAAAAUCAGCUCUGGUCAAGUCACAGUGAACGAGCGGAUUUGAUUUGCUAUAAAACUAACUAUACGGAAUUGAAUGAAUUUGCUCGAUUACUGUUGCAGUUGCCCAGAUGCUGAUCACAAACGAAUUGUCAGUAGAUUUUGUAUACAUAUAUGCCUGUACUAAAGGCAUACAUACUAUAUAUAAAGAUUUAUGGAUCAAAAUAUAGUUUUAUAUAUAACAUACGAGUAGGGAUUAUAUAUGUGGUAUUUGCUUUUAAAUCGCAAUAAUUAUUUAAGCAGCUUUCAACGCUUUCUGAACAAAACUUAUUGAUUGGUUGUAUAAUUGAUUAAUCUACCAAGUACUGUACUAUAACUUCACUUCAAAACUGGUGUCGGUGUCCAUUUUAACUGCUGCUCUUCAAGUGGAAUCUAAGCUUUAGGUGGAACCAAAAAUUUUGGUUCAAUCGAUUCCACUUGAGAUACUCUGAAGCAGCUUCUUGAUUUUAAUUUAUUAAAUAAAUGUAUACAAACAUAUAUAAAUUUAUAUAUUUUAAUUUAAAAAAAGGUCAAAAAUAAUUUUAAAUAUUGUGUAACUUUCAAAAACAAUAUGUAUUGUACAACUUGUUUCUUGUUGUUUUAUUUCUAGGCAGAUAUAAAUAAAAUGCGAAUAUUUAAA